AGAAGUGGCUAGUCUAAUAUUAAGGCAAACCCUUGAAAAACGUGAGCUUGGCGUUUUCCCCUCAAUUCCAUUGUGUAUGCAGGUGACACCGAGGAAGCAUGACACUAUGACUGUGUUUGGACUUUAUAGUAGCCUUCUUCAUUUCAGUAGGUGAUCAUUAGAUGUAAUAAUCGCCGUAGUCGUGUUGGACUGUCAGUUGACAAUCCGAAAAAAGACCGCAGGAGACAGUCAUGGAUCAGAGAGUUGAUAGAAUGAUCAGCUAGCGUUUUAUGUGCCCAUUCUAAUAUAGAGAAACAGAAGAAAGCGCACCUGGAGCGACUCGGGCAGAAUGGAUUUCAGCACCAUUCGGAACCUCAUCACAAGAUACUGUACAGGAGAGGAGAGCUGGGUGGACAGCAGGACAGUGUAUAUUGGACAUAAAGAACCUCCUCCAGGAACAGAAGCGUACAUUCCACAGAGAUUUCCUGACAACAGAAUCGUCUCCUCAAAGUAUACUUUUUGGAAUUUUAUACCAAAGAAUCUGUUUGAGCAGUUCAGAAGAAUUGCCAAUUUCUAUUUCCUGAUCAUCUUUCUAGUGCAGCUGAUCAUUGACACCCCCACCAGUCCUACGACCAGCGGUCUGCCACUUUUCUUUGUCAUCACUGUCACGGCCAUUAAACAGGGCUAUGAGGACUGGAUCAGGCACAAAGCAGACAACGCUAUAAACCAAUGUCCUGUCCACGUCGUCCAACAUGGCAAAGUCGUACGAGAACAGAGUCAAAAGCUACGGGUGGGUGAUAUUGUCCAGGUAAAAGAGGAUGAGACAUUUCCGUGUGACCUCAUACUGCUCUCCUCCAGUCGAGAAGACGGAACAUGUUUCGUCACUACAGCCAGCUUAGACGGAGAGUCCAGCCAUAAGACCUAUUAUGCAGUUCAAGACACAAAGGCAUUCAACACAGCAGAGGAGGUGGACACACUACAUGCUACCAUAGAAUGUGAACAACCCCAACCAGACCUGUACAAAUUUGUUGGACGCAUCAAUAUUUAUUUGGAACGAGAGGAGCCCAUCGCAAGACCCCUGGGAUCUGAGAACUUGCUGCUCCGAGGGGCCACACUGAAAAACACCGAAUGCAUAUUUGCUGUGGCCAUCUACACGGGCAUGGAAACCAAAAUGGCCCUUAACUACCAGUCCAAGUCUCAAAAGCGCUCAGCCGUUGAAAAAUCUAUGAAUGCCUACCUGAUUGUGUACCUCUGCAUUCUGAUCAGUAAAGCUCUGAUUAAUACUGUACUGAAGUACGUCUGGCAGGCUGACCCGAACAGAGACGAGCCCUGGUACAACCAGAAAACAGAUACAGAGAGACAACGGCAUGUAUUAAUCCGAGCGUUCACUGAUUUCCUGGCCUUCAUGGUUUUAUUCAACUACAUCAUUCCUGUGUCAAUGUAUGUAACUGUGGAGAUGCAGAAGUUUCUGGGCUCAUACUUUAUUCUGUGGGACGAUGACAUGUUUGACGAGGAGCUCGGAGAGAGGCCGCUCGUCAAUACAUCAGACCUUAAUGAGGAACUGGGACAGGUGGAGUAUGUCUUCACAGACAAGACAGGCACUUUGACUGAAAAUGACAUGGAGUUGAGAGAAUGUUGUGUGGAUGGGCAUGUUUAUGUGCCACAUGCCAUCUGUAAUGGGCAGAUCUUACCUGGAGCUGCUGCCAUGGACAUGAUUGACUCUUCUCCAGGCGUAGAUGGAAAGGAGCGCGAGGAGCUGUUUUUCCGUGCGUUGUGUCUGUGUCACACAGUUCAGGUGAAGGAAGAGGAGACGGUGGAUGGCAUUAAGAGAGGAAUCCAUCAAGGCAAAUCCACCUUCUACAUCUCCUCUUCUCCAGACGAGGUGGCACUGGUGGAGGGCAUGAAGAGGUUGGGCUUCACCUAUCUGCGUCUGAAGGACAGUCACAUGGAGAUCCUAAACCGAGACGAUGAGACGGAGAGAUUUGAAUUGUUGGAGGUGUUGAAUUUUGAUUCUGUGAGGAGGAGAAUGAGUGUAAUCGUAAGAUCAAACACAGGAGAGUACUACUUAUUCUGUAAAGGCGCAGAUUCCUCGAUUUUCCCACGAGUGGUUUCUGGGAAGGUGGAGCAGGUCAGAGCGCGAGUAGAGCUCAACGCUGUGGAGGGUUUACGGACUCUUUGUGUGGCUUAUAAGAAGCUGACUCAUGAAGAGUAUGAGAAGGUGUGCCAUCUCCUCAACAGCGCCAAACUGGCUUUGCAUGAACGUGACAGGAAACUGGCUGAAGCUUAUGAUAUCAUCGAGAAGGAUUUCAUCCUGCUGGGAGCCACGGCUGUGGAAGACAGGCUUCAGGAUAAAGCAGCAGACACGAUUGAGUCCCUGCACAAGGCUGGUAUGAAGGUAUGGGUCCUCACAGGGGACAAAAUGGAGACUGCAGCAGCCACAUGCUAUGCCAGCAAGCUGUUCCAUCGUAAUACACAGAUCCUGGAACUAACAACCAAAAGGACAGAAGAGCAGAGUCUCCACGACGUUCUGUUUGAUCUGAGCAGGACCGUCCUGAGACAACAUGGCAGCAUGAGCAGGGACACUUUCUCAGGACUCUCGGGUGAUUGCCAGGAUUACGGUCUGAUAAUCGAUGGGGCGACACUGUCAGCUGUACUGAAGCCAACACAGGAAGGUUCCAGCAGUGGAGGAAACUAUAAGGAGAUUUUCCUGGAAAUCUGCAGAAACUGCAGCGCAGUCCUUUGCUGUCGUAUGGCACCCUUACAAAAAGCACAGAUUGUUAAAAUGAUAAAAGCAUCAAAAGAACACCCAAUCACGCUGGCCAUUGGAGACGGUGCCAAUGAUGUCAGCAUGAUCCUUGAAGCUCACGUGGGCAUAGGGAUCAUGGGUAAAGAGGGGCGUCAGGCGGCCCGUAACAGUGACUAUGCAAUUACUAAGUUCAAACACCUGAAGAAGAUGCUGCUGGUUCACGGGCACUACUAUUACAUAAGAAUCGCUGAGCUGGUCCAGUACUUCUUCUAUAAGAAUGUGUGCUUUAUCUUCCCUCAGUUUCUCUAUCAGUUCUUCUGUGGCUACUCUCAGCAGCCACUGUAUGACACGGCAUAUCUGACCUUGUACAAUAUCAGCUUCACGUCAUUACCCAUCCUCCUGUACAGCUUGAUGGAGCAGCACAUUAACAUGGAUAUCCUCAAACGGGACCCUUUUCUCUACAGAGAUAUUGCGAAGAACUCCCUCCUAAGAUGGCGUAUCUUCAUCUACUGGACAUUUCUUGGGGUUUUUGAUGCAAUGGUCUUCUUCUUUGGUGCUUUCUUCCUUUUCGACAACACGACCUUCACCAGCAAUGGACAGAUGUUUGGAAAUUGGACUUUCGGAACACUCGUUUUCACUAUCUUGGUGUUCACGGUCACGUUAAAGCUGGCCCUGGACACACAUUACUGGACGUGGAUCAACCACUUUGUAAUAUGGGGGUCUCUGCUUUUCUAUGUGAUCUUCUCUCUGCUGUGGGGAGGCAUCAUUUGGCCUUUCCUGAACUAUCAAAGGAUGUACUAUGUGUUCAUGCAGAUGUUGUCCAGUGGUCCCGCAUGGCUCAGUAUAAUCCUGCUGAUAAUAGUCAGUCUUUUGCCUGAUGUGUUGAAGAAAGUGUUAUGUAGAGCUCUAUGGCCAACAACCACAGAGAGAAUACAGAAUGCCGAUAGACUAUAUAAGGGCCACCUGUCAGAGUUCAGCCCCCUGUCCUCCCUCCACGCUCCACCUGCACGGAAACACGACAGACAUGGCAACGAGAGCCAGAACCACGUCCACCGCAGGUCUGAAUUCUCCCCUUCCAAAAAACUGAUGUGUACCUACUGGGGUGGCAGGCCUGACUACUGCACCUUCAACUCCUUUCUCCGAAUUGAGGAAAACCCAAGAAUUUCCAGGGCAGCUUACGCUAACAGUGCACCAGGGCCUGAGACCUCUGUUUGAUGUAAAAUUGUAAUCUGGCUUAGUCUAUACUAGAUUUCUGAUUUUGGCCCAGAUUAUCCCAAAUUCAAGAUUUGGAUUACAUCUAGACCCAUCUUGACUUCUAAUCCAUGACUUUAUCUUAAACAAAAGCACUGAAAUGCACACUUAUGGUGUCUAUUUACUGUACACACGGGUGAUAGUGAUGCUGUGUGUUAAUUUGUGGGAUAGAGGAGGGCCAGACUGAAUUGCCUACACCAACUGCAUGUGUGGCAUACUGUGCUAAGCAGCCUUGGGAUCUAUUUACCUUGUUUUCUUUAUGUAGAGUGUGUGGAUAUUUAAACGUGAGAGCGUGUUCCCUUUACACUGUGGUUUGUGCGUGUUUACGUGUUAGUUCGCUCACUCCCUCUUGUAAUCCUUCAUGUGAAAAAUUACUUGAAACAACUACACUGGACAGUAGUAGCACAAUCCUUCCCUUGUCAAGCACUGAUACAAUAUAUCUGAAUUUCAACAUGUGGAUGACAGUUAAAAUGGCCUUGGUUGCUCUUAAAACUGACUGUCCUGUUUUUUCUUUUCUCUUUUUUUCUCUCGUUUCCCUUCCCUUUUUUCCUGUGCUCCUUCUCUUUUCUCGUCCUACCUUUUUUUUUAUAGAACUAACUGGUGUUGCUUUUGUGCAAACCUGUUAUCGAGGAACACUCCAUAGGCUGCAAUUAUCUUUGUCCGAUUGCAUUGUAAGUGGCUAAAUUUGGCCAGUUCUGUUGCUGCACUAUACUAGAGCGAUAUAGGUGUGUGUACCAUGGGUGUUUGCAUAGGCAUUUGUUAGAACCACAAGAAGACAUGUUGUAAAUGGACUGUCAUUAUAUUCCACUCUUUAACUUUAAGAAUGGUGGAAAUUACACAUUGUAACAUUACUCACAUUCAGAAGUUCUAAAACCAUUAACGAAGGCCACAUCCACACUAAUGUUUUCAUUCUUAAAAAAGCAUUGAUUUUGCCACAUUUACGCUCUCGUCCACAAUAGAAUGCAGUUUUCCUCCUCCGAAAAUGGAGCGUUUCGAAAACACUCUCCAUUACUGUAUACUAUGGAAAACGCUGAAACCAGGAAAUCUAAAAAUGAAAACAGAUUAGUUUGGAUGUUGCCUAUGGGGCCAUUCAGACUGAUCGUGUUUUUGUGUUAAAAAAAAAGCUAAAACGUAAAAAAACGGCAAAAUACUUGAAAAACAUUGAGACAUGGCGAAACGGCCAAAAAUGUCCAUCUAGCACAUUUACUUGGAAAAACAGCAUAUAAGAAUGCAAAAACGUGCUCCGUGUGAAUGGCCCCUUGUUAAAGUUGAUGGCAACCAGUUACUCUGUCUUAGCUGCUUGACGAUUUGCUUUAAAAUUCUACAACCCCCUAAUCAGAUAUUCCUUUAGUCUAGUUUUCUAGUAUAGUAUCAGAGAUAUAAUGCUAAAGGCUACGUUAGCAGAUCUAGGGACCUUAGCACAACUGUUCUGCCUUAAUACAAUGUUUCCCAUCUUGUGCACCGCAGUUUUGGAACCAAAGGUUGUAAACAAAGUGAAAUACUGAGUAUAUUAAUGUGUUAGUUGCCGAAUGGUGAAAGAAAAUUGGAGGGAAAGUAUUUGACGGCAUAAGAAGAAUCCCACCAUAUUGCCUUAAGUUGACGUUGCACCAGCUGAGGAUGUAGACAGAUAAAAGUAGUACUCGACAUCUUCCAGUGCAAGCAAAACAGCCCAGGGCUCCUUAAAAAACAUUGUACAGCUUGCAUAUUAGCUGGCAAAGAUGUCAAAAAGUGACAUAUGAAAUUUCCAUCGGUCCAAAUGUCUACAGCUCACAAAAGUGCAGAUGAACUACUGUGUCUGUGUAUUUUCAUGAUUGUACUGUAACAUCCUAUUUGGCUGUCCCCAAAGUGUUUUGUCUGUAAUUCUUGGAGCCCUGUGCUGCGUUGCUUGCAUCAUUUCUUUGUUGCACAUUACUAUUUCAUCAUCAUCUGAUUUAAGUCAGAUGUAAUUAGACCGUGCUACUUUUCACAUACAAGUCAUUAAACUUACAGCCUAAGCAAGGUCAGCAUCACAGAUGACCUCUCUUCACUGUCAUGUGCACUUUGUAUGGAGAAAUGCCUCCUUUCUAGUUGCAUAGAAAAUUUUCUUUUUAAAAUGUAUCCAGAAAACAUGCCUCAUGAUUUAUGAUUUACCUGUUUAAUAAGAUAACAUUCUCAUGAUUGCUAUUUGAUCUGUCCAUUGCGUUAUUUACAUUCAUGUGAAUUCAAACUGAAUCUAAAUUGAAAUCCAAUGCGAAAGUAGUUCGGUGUCAUGACUUAAAUAUUUAAUAAGAUAAUGUUCUCAUAAAAACGGUCCAAAAAUUUAUAUUUGAUUACACAUAGUUCAGGUUGAUCUCUUUCCAGUAUAUUAAUUCACUUUCACACUAAUUCGAACAGAAUCUAAAUUGAAAUCCAAUGCGUAAGUAGUUCGGUGUCAUUACCUAUUAAUAUGCCAUUUUCAAAAAAAAUAAUAUAUAUAUAUAUAUAUAUAUAUAUUUGAUUACUCAAAGAUCAGUUCCAUCUCUCUCAAGUAUAUGAAUUCACAUCCACAUUCAUUUGAACUGAAUUGAAAUCCAAAUUGAUACAAUUUCGGUGUAAUAACAGUUUUAAUAAGAUAAAAUUCUCAUAAAGAGCAUUGUCAGUUAAUUUAUAUUUGAUUACUCAUCAUUCAGUUCUAUCUCUGUCCAGUAACCGAAUACACAUUCACACUAAUUGAAUUCCAAGUUUAAUUGAAAUCCAGUGUGAAAGCAGUUUAGUGUAGUGACUUAACUAUUUAAUAAGAUAACUUUUCCGUUAAAACUAAAAGUAUUAUCAGUGGAUUGCUUUUUUUACCCAAUGAUAAGUUUGUUCUCUAUUUAGUAUAUUAAUUCACGUUCACACUAAUUCAGACUGAAACUGAAUUGAAAUCUAAUGUGAUAGUAGUUCAGUGUCACGACUCACCUGUUUAAUAAAUUAAAAUUUUCUUUAAAAAAACUGUAAAAAAAAAAUGCUAUUUCAUGACCUUUAGUUCAGUUUCACCUCUGUCUAGUAUAUUAAUUCACGUUCACACUAAUUCAGACUGAAACUGAAUUGAAAUCUAAUGCGAAAGUAGUUUGGUGUUAUGGCUUACCUGUUUAAUAUAGCAUUCUCAAUAAAAACCAAAACAAUCAAAAAUGAUACUUGAUUACUCGAAUCUUAAUUCCAUCUCUGUCCAGUAUAUUAAUUCACAUUCACACUAAUUGAAAUCCAAUUUGAAUUUAAAUUCAAAGUAAAAGUAAUUCAGUAUAACGACGUAACCGUUUAAGAUAAUAUUCUCAUCAAAAUGUCGAUUCAAUUUAAUUACCAAUAAUUCAGUUUUAUCCCUGUUCAUUAUAUUAAUUUGCAUUCACACUAAUUCAAAUUGAAUCUGAAUUGAAAUUUAAUAUGAAAGCAGGUCAGUGUAAUGAACAAAAUGACCACUCUGAAGUUUGUCUGCAUGUCUUUUCCCUGCUAUCCUUCACAUUCCAUGCCUGUUUUUUUCUUUGUCUCUGUUUUCUGGAAUUUAGUGUAUCUUUCCUGGAGCUGUGUUCUUUCAUCUCAUCUCCACUUCUUUCCUCACAUGUGUUUCCUAAUCCAUCAAUCACUUUCACCGUUUUAACCAUCAUCUAUGUUAGAGUCAGGGUUAUGGUGAGAGAUAAAAAGAUUAGGUGAUGUCAGAGACUAUCAAGCUCACUGGUUUGAUAGGUACUCCAAGCUUCUUGUUGGUAGGUGCCUUCUGGUGCUUUUUAAACUCAGUGUAUGUUAAUGUGUUCAGUCUAGUGAAGCGUCGAUUUCUGGGAAACUCCAGUAUGCACAUACAUAUGUUGCCUGUCAGUUGGCCUACAACAGAGAAUGUCUGAUUAUAGAAUGGUGUUAUGGGUAUAGUUGGUAUAUUAAAGGGUGUAAAAAUCAUUUAUUUUGGGGUUUAAUGCGAUUUAAUGUCAAUAAAAAAAUCACAGUCAGAAUAGUAACAAUGGAAUGUCCUUUUUCAUGCACACAUUAAAUCUAAAUAUUGAAUAUAUUAAUGAGUAUAUGGAUGUCAAGGUUUACAAAUGGCGAAUUGUUUCACUGAAUAAUUUAAGUUCUGGUUCAAACGUGUAUUAUUUUACUCAUGCAAAUGUAAAAUCUGUAAGUCAAAUUCAAAAACGGUUUAAUUGAUUAUCAAUGUCUGAAUAUUUGCAUGUUCUUCGAUGACUUAGUAAUGGACCAACCACUGAGCUUUAUGAAGUGUUCUCAUUUAUAAAUCACUUUAAUAACUUCUGUUAAAGUGUCUCUGAGUCCAGUUCAAGUCACGUGACGCUCAUCAAAGAACUAAUCAAUGCUGGCAAAUCUGAAACAAAACAAGAAUGUGCUUAAACGUUGAUUUAACGUUCAUUUCAGUCGGUCACUGUAUUUAUAUUAUUAUUUUGCAUUCUGCUCUAUUUCUUACCACUUCUUUCCUCUGUCAUAGUUGCUCAACAGCUCUCUCUGGCUUACUGAAUGUAACAAAACAAGUAAAAAGCCACUGUUGUGCACUACAAACAAUGCAUAGCUACAUACUACCAUAGCUCAAAGAAGUUUAUUCUAGAACAAAUGGCCCCUUCACUUUUUCUUGUUUCUGUGUGAUUCUGACAAACUAUUGUUUUGAAUCAGAACUAUUUUUUUGUAAUGUAGGAAUAAUUUAAUCUCUAAACGCUGGCUGCCUCAGAGGUGCGUUCAGGCACUGGCAAACACUGUAUUCUGUCUAUGUGAAAAAGGUUAUAUGAAAUAGGUAUUUUGUAUAUCUUGUGAAAAUCUCUUUUUGCUACUUUUGUAUCCAGAGGAUGAAGAGAACUACUUACUGUUACAGAGUUAGAAUGUUACUGUUGAGUUUUAAAACAACCAAAAGGUCAGUGGAGAAAUCAGUUGCAGUUAAAAGGAAAGUUUGAAAAAUAGCUUUAACAGUUUGUUGGUUUGAUUGUUUGAAUGGUUUUUAACGUGUGGUACUGUACAGGUUUUAAGAUGACACGUGCAUGGUCAUUGCUCACACUGAAUCUAGGAAGACAAAUUAAAUACAUUCAUUGUUUUAAAAGCAGGUGUGACCAAAUAUUUGAUUAGAUGCUAUAAUUGAAGGCUUUACUGCAUAUAGUUGGGAUUUAAUCUGUGCCACGCUUUUCAGAUUAACACAAUACCUUUUGCUUUAUUUCAUCUGCACAAAGUGUAAUGUUGCUCAUCAAUUUAUUAAAUAUAUGUAUACAACUGUACACUUAACAGCUUAUAAAAAUAUUAAUGUACAGUUUGGGCUCUUUUUGUAUAAUAUUUUUAAAAAGUUGAUAUCUGUAGAUAUGUUUUUUUUUCUGUAGCUAUUAUCAUCAAGACAAGAACAUUUGCUUGUAAUAAAUAAAUGUAAAUGUUUGAAAGUCUAAAUGCUUGUGCCUUUCUUUGUUUUCCAAUUCUUUAUAAUAUAAAACUAAUAAUAUACACAUACAGUAUAUUUGUAUCUCUACCUGCACAAUGCUACCAGCGCAAAAAAAAUUAAAAUAUCCAGGACGAGCCCCCAAUAAU